AUGGAACCACGGUUCCACCAUCACUUCCAUAUCAUUUUUCUCAUUGUUAUCUAUGUAUCCGCCACGGUACAUGGCAGCCGCAACAGGCGAUCAUUAACGGAAGGUGAAGACACCAGUCUCAGUCUCAGUCUGGUUUGUGACCCGUCUCUUGAUUUUGAAAAUGUAAGAAUCAAGAACGCGUACAUUGCAUUGCAAGCGUGGAAGGCGGUUAUUGAGUCCGACCCACAUGGUGUGACCGAUAACUGGGUCGGAUCCAAUGUGUGCAACUACACAGGUGUGUUUUGUUCCGAAUCACUGGACAAUGCAAAAGAGCGCACUGUAGCCGGUAUUGAUCUAAACCACAAAGAUCUAGCUGGCAAACUCCCGGAUCACCUCGGUUUGUUAUAUGAUCUAGGUAUCUUUCAUGUUAACUCAAAUCGGUUUUGUGGGAUUUUACCGCGAAGUUUCUUGAAUUUCAAGAUACUUUUUGAGCUUGAUCUAAGUAAUAACCGCUUCACGGGUGAAUUUCCUCACUUUCUGUUGGAAUUACCCGAGCUUACGUAUCUUGACAUUCGGUUUAACGAAUUUGAAGGUAAACUUCCGGAAGAACUUUUUAACAAGAAUCUUGAUGCUAUACUUGUUAACAAUAACAGGUUUACAGAUAACUUACCUGAAAACAUUGGGAACUCACCUGCUUCCGUGAUUGUUCUCGCGAAUAAUAAGUUUUCAGGAUGUCUUCCAACGAGUGUAACGAAUAUGACACAGAGAUUAGAUGAGUUGAUCUUGAGGAACAACGCGUUUGAAUCUUGUAUCCCUGAAACAAUCGGGGCGAUGAAGAAUUUAAGCGUGUUGGAUAUGAGUUACAACAGUAUGAAAGGCGGGUUGCCUUCGAGUAUGGGGGAAAUGGAGAGUUUGGAGGUUUUAAACGUCGCGCAUAAUAUGUUGUCGGGAGAUAUUCCUGCGAGUUUGUGUUUGCUCCCGAAUUUGGAGAAAUUUAGAUAUGAAUAUAACUUCUUUGUGAAUCAGACGAUGAAUUGUUUGAAACUCGCGGGGUAUGAUGAUAAAAGGAAUUGUUUUAAAGAUAGACCCGAGCAAAGAACAAGAUCAAAGUGCACCAAGUACUUGUCCCAGCCGCUUAAUUGUAGCGCUUUCGGGUGUGGAGGCCAGCCAACUCCACUACCACCACCAGCAUUGCCUGUGCCUGUACCGUCACCACCACCUCCAACCCUUUCUCCACCACCACCAUCACCACUACCUCCUCAAACACCGCCUUCAUCCCCACCCGUAUCUUCGCCUCCAUCACCAUCACCAUCCUCAUCGCCAUCUCCACUACAACCACCAUCAUGGCCGCAGCCAUCACCAAUUACGCCAGCUCCAAUAUCCUCCUCUCCUAGUCAAUCACCAAUUUACAUGCCUUCUCCUGCCUCGGAGAUUUUACCACCAUCACCAGCGCACUUUUACUGUCCGCCAUGUGAAUGUGCGUAUAAGCCUCCAUCGCAAUCACCAACUAACCAACCGAAGCCUCCACAAUCUCCACCAUCAAGUGGAGACAACCAAGAUUAA